GUGAGUGUGUGAGAGAGUGAAAAGGACACACGCUCACACGCCCCAAACAAACACCUGUUACAGGACACGAGCUUCUGCUGCCGGACAAGUGCGAGGGUCAUUUAUACGUUUCUGUGUUUAAAAACGAGCAUUAUCCUCCUCUGCAAACCCUAAAUGGCCACGAUGGACAUCCUCGUGAAGGAGCGUAAGCCGAAGAAGCCUCACUAUAUCCCUCGUCCCGCCGGGAAACCCUUCCGAUACCAGUGUUUCCAGUGUCCCUUCACCUGCAACCAGAAAUCCCACCUGUUCAACCACAUGAAGUACAACCUGUGUGACGUGUCCGUGUCCGUGAGCUCCCGACCCGGCAGACGAGAGGAAAACAACCCCUCCACACACACGGAUGAAGACGAGGAGGACCCGGAGAUCCAAGAGGAGAUCCCAGAGGAGAUCCCAGAGGACCCGUCGCAGGAGAUCCCAGAGGACCCGUCGCAGGAGAUCCCAGUGGAUCCCUCAGAUCCUCAAACGGUGUCCUCAUCCAAGGAAACUCCCUGGACCGUGUUCAAACCGGAAGCGAUUCAUCCUCUCACUCCCGCGUCCGUCUGGAGGCCUCCGGUGCCGUUCACUCCCGGCGCUCCGAACCUCCUAAACAAGCCACUCCUUCAGGAGCGAGCCGAAGAUUUCCCGUAUCAUCCGGGGUUUCAUUUCCCGUUCCCGUUCCAUGCUCAUUACAACCCGUACAUCUACGAGCCAGUCGCUCAUCCGUACGUCACUCGCGGACUCUUCCCACAGACGCUGUUCCCCGUGGCGUUCCCGGAGGAGUGUUUCAGGAACUGCUGCACGAUCCCGACUCCCGACUCUUACUCGUUCCGGAUCCCGUAUGAUCCGUACGCGCUUGUGGUGAAUCUGGCGGGGAAGGAGGUUCAGGCGAGUCCGGAGACGGGACGAUCCGCUGCUGGAUCACCGGACAGACCCGACGGGUUUGAUCAUUCCCAGACAUUCCCACUUCAUGAUGAGGCUCCAGCCAGCCAAUCAGAGGAGAGGGGCGUGGCCACACAGACACAGGAGGACUGGAGUCUUCCUGAGAGAGAGAUGGAAAGAGCGGGAAACGACAGAUUUGAUGACGAUACUUUGGUUCCUCUCAACCUCUCCAGGAGAGACAGUCCUCUGAACCUGUCUAUGAAGAUGUCUCUCGGCCAAUCACAGAGCUGCUUGCGGAAGCAGGGGGUUAUGGGUGCUGUGACAUCACAGGAAGAGGAUCAUGCGUCUGUAGAGAAGACCGCAGCGUUCGCUCUCUGUCAGCUUUCUCAGUCCGUGCUUUUAAACUCACACGUCUCAAACCUUCACACUUCAGUCCGAGGUCACAUGGACCUCAACCAAAGCACUUCCACUCCUCCAGAUGUUAGAUCAGAUACAAAUGCAGGAAGCCCCGCCCCCUCUGCUGAAGACUCCGCCCAUUCUGUUGAAGACUCCGCCCGUUCUGCGGAAGACUCCGCCCCCUCUGCUGAAGACUCCGCCUCCUUGUCAACUGUUGUGUUUCAAACAGGGACAAAAAGACACGGAAAACGCAGCAUGAAGAGAAAACAGACGAGUCUCCGCAAACACAACCUGAGGAAGAGAAUUCGCCGUUAAUGUCUGAAUCUCAGCAGAUCAAUAUCAAUAAAGCCUGUAAAUAAAUAACAAUAUUUUAUAUAACCAACAGUUCACAUGAACUAUAUAGAGUGAAACAUCAUGUGAAGCACUGAAUUAUAUUUAUAUAAAACACUGUUUAAAUGAGUUUC